GAUCGAUAUAAUUUAGGAAUUUUUACAAGAAAACAAGUAGUAAAACACAGAGAAUGAAUUGGCAUCAUUGAAAUAACAUAAACAGUCUCAGGGUUACAAAAGACAUUCCUACUGACAGACGCGAUUUUGCCCUCGCCCAGAACGCAUCUGAGAUGGCAACACUAGCCAGCGGUCACACGGCGAAAGCGCUCGAGGGGGACGAGCUGGCGAAACUACUCGAAAAUUUCCCCAGCUACAAGAAUGGGUUGAUGAGGCUCUCCCCCGGUGGUUGGGUCUUUUCGAAUGGCUACUGCAACUUAGCCGACAAGCUCUACAACUUCGAGUUCCGCGAGGGCGACGUGCUGGUGAUGACGUGGCCCAAGUGUGGAACAACAUGGACGCAGGAGAUCGUGUGGACAAUGAGGAACAACCCGGACCUGAACAACCCAGAGGCGGACGUGGCCAUCAUGGAUCGCGUUCCGUUCAUGGAAGCCGACAUGUUCAUUUCCUCAGAUGAUCCCUCUGAGGACGAAAUGCCCGUGUCCGAAAUGUUCAAGAAGCUCUGUCCGAAUGGCAACCCCCGCGACGGCGUGAGCUUCCAGAUAGCGCAGGCGACCCCCGACCCUCGCACGCUGAAGACCCACCUGCCUUUCUCCCUCUUCGCGCCCUCGCUCCUGGAGAAGGUCAAGGUGGUUUACGUCGCCAGGAACCCGAAGGACACUGUGCUCUCCUACCUGCACCACCACAAGCUCUUCAGGGCGCAGUCCUUCGUCGGCUCCCUCGAGACGUUCGUCGAUUACUUUCUGGAAGACGAUUUGAUAUACGGGCCGUACUGGCUGCACCUGAAGGAGGUGUGGCAGCGGCGCGACCACCCCAACCUGCACUUCGUCUUCUACGAGGACCUCAAAGCGGACAUCAAGGGCGAACUGAAGAAGCUGGACGCCUUCCUCGGGACGCGGCUCUCCGAAGACCAGAUCGCUAAUGUCGCCAAACACACCAGUUUCGAAGAGAUGAAGUCGAGGAACAACCUAUUCAUCAACAAAGACAUGUUCAAGAACGAGGUUGUCGUCGACCAGGAAGUCCUUAAGAAAGACGGCGGAUUCUUCAGACAAGGUGAGGGAAUCGGGAAGUCAGAAGCUUGAUUAAAUUGAAUAAGA